AUGUAUGAACCUCUCAGUUUGAGUUGGUGGAAUCGCAUCUCCUCCUUGAUUAUUAGACCCAGGCGAUCUCUACGAGAUGUUCCGUGCGCCACCAGCCCUUCCUCACCAGCACGGGGCAUCCGCCUUUCCCACCCUCUCUCCGCACCGCGGUCUUAUUCCUCUUGCGACACCGACAAUGAAUCAUUCUACCGCUAUUCGGGCGGCCGCUGGCUGUGGGACGAAGAGAAACAGCUCCAGACUCGGUACAAGCGGUUCAACGUACCGGAGCUCCAACGCCUUGCGGCCAAGAGCGUCGAAGCGCAGGCUUGCGUGUCUAUGAUAAAACUGGCCGAAGGCGGGUUCAACAAAGUCUUUCGGCUUGUCAUGGACGAUGAUUCCGUAGUCAUUGCACGUAUACCAAAUCCCAACGCGGGACCUUCAUUCAAAACCACUGCUUCAGAAGUCGCAACUAUGGACUUUGCUCGCACCAUUCUCAAAAUCCCAGUCCCGAAGGUUCUGGCAUGGAGUGGUUCGUCUAAGAACCCCGUGGGGUCGGAAUAUAUCCUGAUGGAGGAAGCCAGUGGAACACCUAUCUACAAGGUGUGGGAAGGCAUGGAGAUUCAUGACAAGCUCAAAAUAGUCGACGACAUCGUGGACAUUGAGAAGAAACUCCUAUCAAUCUCAUUUACACGUCACGGGAAUCUUUACUUCGCGGCUGAUGCCUUUCCCGGCUGUGAGAAAGCCGAAAUUGAUGGCAACGCUAUGCAAUCGGAGAGAGAAGAGACAGCAAAACGCUUUGUCAUUGGGCCCGUUGUUGACACACGAUUUUGGAGUCAAGGCAGAGACGCCAUGGAUAUCGAUCGUGGUCCUUGGAAGAAACCUGAAGAUUACCUGAAGGCCAUAGGUGAUCGCGAAAUCUCCUGGAUACGUCAGUAUGCUACUCCGAAGCCUUCACACGGCUCAUUUUCUGUUUCCGGAGCGCAGAAUACUCCGAGUUCCCAUGUUGCGCUCUAUGAGAAGUUUCUAGCUGUUGCAGAUUCGCUACUACCGAAAAAGCAGGAUUUGGUCAGAUCCACGCUCUGGCAUUGGGACAUACAUGCCCCCAACCUUUUCGUUCAUGAUGGCAAAGUAACCAGCCUCAUUGACUGGCAAGACGUGUGGGCUGGGCCUUUACUCCUUCAAGCACGUCAUCCACGACUUGUCAGGUAUGAUGGGGAAGUCAUGCUGAAACUGCCCGAGUAUUUUGGUACUCUAGUCGACAAGGAAGAAAAGGCCCGCAUUCGAACUCAGGUCGAAAGGUCCCUUGUCCUUUGGGUAUACGAGUCUGGAACCAAGAAAUGUAACCCGAUUCUCCACGAGCUGUCUCAGCUGCCUCAAUGGCGCACGAUACGUGACACGAUUGAAUUCGCAUCGAACACAUGGGAAGGGGACAUUUUACCUUUUCGACAAUGUCUUAUUCGUAUCGCACGCCACUGGGACGAGAUUAACUGCCAUAUACCCUGCCCGAUAGGCUUCACCGGAGACGAGUUGGAAGCACAUCACCGAGACGGGGACGGCUGGAACGAGGAAGCAGAAUUCUGGGACUCACUACAGGACUUCGUCCACCGUGACGGAUGGACUUCGAAUGAAACCUACGACCAGGCGCUUCAGAUGUUUGCACAAUUAAGACAGCGAGGAUUACAGCACUUGACUGGAGAAGAGCGACGCCAUUUUGAGAAACAAACUCGAUGGGCUUCAACAACAUAG